AUGCAGGGAAACGGAGCCAGCCCAAUGUUUUGGGUAGAUAUUAGUGCUGCCCUUGUGGCCUGUAUGAAAGAUAGUGGAUUCAGUGCAAUGCCAAUUGCAUGCAAAGCCCUCCAUUUUGCAGGGUUCCUUUUUGUGGAUGACGCUGCCAACAUCCAUGGUACAGAUAAGGACCCAAACACCUCUGCUGUUGACUUUCUCCAGGACUUCCAAGAUUCAGUGAACUGCUGUAUUGGUGGUUGUGAUGUCUCGGUUGGUGGUGAGGACCCAGGUUUUAUUCGAAAUGGUGACAAUGAGACAGAUACGAAGGUCAAGCACAGGUACAUCAUCAAAAACUGUCUGCUGCCAUGGAUUGAUAAUCUCCGAGUGGAAGGUUGGAAACGUGGAACACCAAUCCCUGAGAACAAAGCCGCCGUUGCAUGGUGCGAUGGAGAUAUUGCUCAGUUGUCCACAAUUGCUAAUGAGUCAACCCUUAGCAACUAUAGAGACAGGAAAAUCCACCUGUGCAAGCAAUCUGCUGCUCGGUCAGCCACUUCUGGAUGUACUGGACCUGUUUGGAUGACAAUUGCUGGUUUCAAUGAUGAGUGUGAGCCUCCAAAAGACCAAUGCAAAGACAGAGUUUUGGUUCUUCAAAUCGAUGGUUUGUGUGUUGGUGGUGGCGGUGUCUCGGUUAGUCGCGAGGACCCGGGUUUUGUUGUUUUGUUCGCAAUGAUGGCGACAAUGAAACAGAUAAAGUAA